AUCCAAAUUUCCCUUGUUAAUUGUAUAUUGAUAUUGUUUCCAGCCAUGGAAGGCAACACGUAUCCAUGGUGGGUGCUCUGUCUACUCUUCUUCAUCGGCUUCUUUCUCAACUCCCAUGUCUCCUCCGGGACUGAUACCAUUUCCGGCAACCAAUCUCUCUCUGGUGACCAGACCAUUGUCUCCAGCGGUGGUGUCUUUGAACUGGGUUUCUUCAAACCAGGUCACUCCCCCAAGUACUACAUAGGCAUAUGGUACAAGAAAGUGUCUAAAAAGACCAUAGUUUGGGUUGCAAAUAGAGAGAAACCUGUCCGAAAUGCAAAUUCUUCUGUUUUGAGGAUUUCUGAUGGAAAUUUGGUUCUUUUCAAUGAAUUCCAACUUCCAAUUAGGUCCACAAAUAUCAGCGUGGCCGGGUCUAGUUCAAUCAAAGCAGUUCUUGGGGAUGAUGGGAAUUUGGUUUUGAGAAAUAGGCCUAAUUCUACCUCCAAUUUAUGGGAAAGCUUUAACUUUCCUGCUGAUACAUGGCUUCCUGGUAUGAAGUUCGGAUUCAUGUUUGAGCCAUAUCAAAGUCAGCUUCUUACUUCAUGGAAGAAUUCAGAAGAUCCUGCUUCCGGGCUCUUCUCUCUUGAAUUUGAUGACAUACUGUGGAACAAGUCUGUACAGUACUCGACUACUGGACUCUGGGAUCGAAAUAUCUCCAGCUUGGAUCCUGAUAUGAGAUUGAAUUACCUCUGCAAUUUCAGCCAUGUUUCCAACGAAAAUGAAAGACAGGUUAAGCAGCUGUCAUGGUUGGAGAGCAGCAAGCAAUGGAAUGUGCUUUGGUCACAACAUAGACAACAGUGUAAGGUUUAUGCUUUUUGUGGAGCAUUUGGUAGCUGCAAUGAGAAAGCUUUGCCUUUCUGCAAUUGCUUGCAAGGGUUUGAUCCAAAGUGGAAUUGUGCCACCAUGGCAAGUCCUUAUUUUGAUGAUUUCCAGAAGCUCUUCAUCACUUCACCACAAGUUUCCUCUUAUGUCAAUCCACUUUAUGAUGAGAAGGCAACAGCUGGCAGUGAGUCUUUCAAAUCACUUGCUGAAAGGAUAGUUGAUUUUGCUGAGGAAUCUAAUAGGCUUCAUGAGGAACGCAUAAGGAGGUUGGAGGAAAAUUUGAAACAUGUUGUCCAAAGUCAGCAACGCCAUGCAGCUUCGGAGGCGACUUCAACAAGUAUGCCUCCAAGUCAUUCUAAGUCUACAAAGACUAAUACUAGCAAUAGUCCUCUUACUCCUAGGAGGCAUAAACCAACUCAGGUGCAGACAUGUCAGCCAUCGAUCAAUGAAGCCUUGCUUAAGAAGUGUUCGCGGCGACUAUGCUUUCUUAAUGGUCGAAGCCCUUCCAAGUUCAAUUAUGGACAAUGGCUGAAGGUGAAAUAUCCUUUUAAAGUUGUUAGUCUGAAGAGGGGAGUCAUUUCCAAUCUCGGGGGGCAACCUAGUCAGAUUGAACAACAAAGGUUGCAAGACCUUAUUGCCAAUGAAGCUCACAAAGCUAUAGAAAAAGAGGUAGCAAGGUUUGUGCCAUUGCAGCCUGAUGCCAAUUCAAGCAUCCAAUCAAUGCCACCACAGCAAAAGCAUGUGUGCAAGCUUAGUCCACCUCAACACCACAAGGAUAACAUUGGAGGUGGCAUAAGAAACACCAUGCCUUCGCAUCUGCCAAGUGGAAGAAGGAAGAUGAAAUCUAAAGACCUCUAUUGGACACCAAUGAAGGAACAAGAGCAACAAACCCAUGUCUCUGAGUGGAGGCACGGGGGGCAUGAUCUCGUAGAAAAGCAUGGAGGCAUGUGCAAAUGCUACCUCUAUAAACAAAGUCAAUUUAGACAUUGUCGCCAUAUAAACUUGGUGGCCUGCCCAGAGUUCCUUACCCAAAAUCCUAGGACUCUUCGAAGGCGGCUUCAAAAGAAAAGAGCUAAAGAGCAUCGGAGACAUGUUGCUGAGGUGCAUGCUUCGCAAAGGCAACAACCUCCAAGGAAGCAAAGGUUUAUCUGGGUGGAGAAGAAGAAACACAAUGCAGCUUCUCAAGAGGCAAAUCAAAAUUUAGUCAAUGCAAUCGUGUCUCCAAAGACGUUUGCCAAGCAUGUUCCUUUCAAGUCAAAUGACUCAAAGGCAACGAAAGAGCUUAAUGCCAGCAGCAAAACAAUUAGCCUUGGUGAGUUUAUUAUUGAACUUCCAAGUUCCAUUCCAAAUCUCCCUUUUGUUUUCACAAGGAAGCAAGAUGCAGCCUCUAGUAGCAAAGACACAACAAAGAACAAAGCAAACAUGUCUACCAAAGAAAACAAAGGGAGGGAUCAUAAAAAGGAUGCUGCAACCUUUGUUCCAAGAGGAGGCAUGUUGCCGUCAGUUAAAAGCAUGUCACCCAAGAGACAUUCUGCCAACAAUAUGAAAUCUUUACAAAUGCACAAGGCAUUAGAUGAAGGAACAUACUGGCUACGAAACCUUGAUGGUAGUCUGCACCUCACAAAAAUAAAUAGCUUACCUUUUCAGCCAUGUUGCCCUUCGGUCUGUCGUGAGAUGGCAUUGCUUUUAAGACACUAUGCUUUCUAUGGAGGUGUGCUUGAUCUAUGUCUCCAUCCGAGUUCCACGCUUGGAAGUAGUGAGGGUCACCGGGAAUCCCCCUUUCUCACUUUGAGCAAAGUGAGUGGCACGCCUUCGCAAUCUUAUCUACCACGCAGCCAGAAAGGGAGAUUUUGGAGACAACACUUAGUCAUCCUCGUACGUUCCUUUCUUGGAGAUUUUGUAAGCUUUAGCCAGCAGAAGCAUUGCUUCGUAGUGUGUAAAGAUAACAAAACGUGCUAUAACUAUCCCUUUAUUGCUAUCGAAACUUGCUAUAACUAUCCAUGUACUGCUAUUACUGCUUCUUUGACACGAAAGAAGUUUAUGUAAUCGGCCUUAAACUUAGAAGUGCAAACAGGCUCCUGGUCUCUUGGCCAAGUUAGUGGUGCACCUUCUCCUCUGAAACAAAGUAAAAGAGAUGGGGUGAAGCAAAGUAAUAGUGGGUUUUAUUGAAGCUAUUCUUCAUCGUCUAGAGAAAAUAAUGCUAUGAUCUAUCACCAGUCAUACAUCUAAGAAAAAACCUUUUUACAGUAAUUCAAUAACUGAGGUAUUUGCAUUUGAAUCUAUUAUCUACGUCAAUCAAAGUGAAAGCCAUGGAUCCAAAUUCAGCUGAAUGAAACACUGAAGCCAAGUUCUCUUGUGCAGUGAUUCUGCUUUCUGUACUCUAUUUCCUGCAAUUUACAAAACUCAUGCCCAGUAGUCAGGGCCAUCUGAGUCUUUCCCAAAACAUUCCUUCUUUUUGCUACAUUGGGUGAAAAACUAUUCUAUUUAACUAAUUUGAUAGGCAAAAACUAGAUGAAACCAUGGCAUUCUUUGGUGAGCACAAUUAGGACACAGCAACCUCAGUCUGGAUGCUGAUUAUACUCCCUUUGAUUGUUUUUGCAAACAGAGCCUGUUAAAAAAUGUGAUGCAUUUUUCUGCCGGUGUAUUGAGUUAUAGACAAAGAAUUUCAGAAUCAUUGAGAGAUGAUUCUUCUCCAUUGUUAACAGGUGCUCUCAGAUCAAACCAUCUUUAGGCCUGCAAACAUAAUCAUAUCAAUUAAAAUAGACUCUAAAUCUCAACUGAAAAUAGAUAUUUCCCAAAGUGAAACUAUGUCCAAUGAAUAAUAACAAAAAAUACUUGGUGUUAGUCUGUGCUAAAUUCUUUCACCGUAUGUAGAAGGUGGGAGAAAUAAGAGAGCUUAAGCAUCAGGCAAUUGUCACUGGUCAAUACAUAAUACCUCUGAAAGCCUGUGUAAAGCUUGAUUCUGCUUCCCAUAUAAAGCAGAAGGAGAAAUACAAGUAAAAUUAAUUC